GGAGCGCUCAGCCAGCCCUGCAGGGCGAACAGUCCAGCCCUGGUUUACCCGAAGCUUAAGCCUUGCAGCAGGAGAACUUCCAUCUCGGCUCUCCUGGCUUUGAUCCUCACUGUACAUCAGACCAGAGGCGCCGAAGGGAGGGAGGAUGCGAGAUGACCGGCUCUUUGGCAACCUGACCAUCUCCUUAGCAGAGCUUUUGAAAGCCAGCCGGGGACUGACUGCACGACCAAGGAGGCGCCGCGCCUCUCGUGGAUGUGUGUGUGUGGGGGUGGGUGGGUGAGUCGGUGUGAGUGAGUGAACGUGUGUGUAUGUGUGUGUGCAUCACGGCUGUGUGUGUGUGUGUCCGGAUGAGUGCGAGAGUGCACGCGUGAGUGUGUUUGUGUGCAUGUGUGUGUGGUCGCUUUUGGUUUUUAUUUCUGUGGAAGAAAAACCUUGAAAAUCUGGGGCAGGUUACUGAGCUCCUAGGGUGGUAGUUCUUCUUUUGCAAGAAGAGCUGACCAGACCAAGCUACUAGAGACAUUUUUUUUUUUUUUUUCGGCGAGUAAAGAGAAUUUUCCUCCUGGAUUGAGAGGGAUUUUGUCCCCCCCUGGCUCUGCAGCGGAGUAAAAGAGAUUAGUCCCUAAACCUGUGAAAUCGACCAGAGCCGUGUGAUUACCAGGGCUCAAGAGAGGACUGGGGAAGAAAAAGAGAAAUAAAUCAAACAGCCUGUCAGUGCCUUUGGCCACUUUGGAAGAUGUCAUCUCAAACUAAGUUCAAGAAAGACAAAGAAAUCAUUGCCGAAUAUGAAGCCCAAAUAAAAGAGAUCCGCACGCAGCUGGUGGAGCAGUUCAAAUGCCUGGAGCAGCAAUCAGAGUCCCGGCUGCAGCUGCUUCAGGACCUCCAGGAGUUCUUCCGCCGGAAAGCUGAGAUUGAGCUCGAGUACUCCCGCAGCCUGGAGAAGCUGGCCGAGCGGUUCUCCUCCAAGAUCCGCAGUUCCCGGGAGCACCAGUUCAAGAAGGACCAGUACCUCCUCUCGCCCGUGAACUGUUGGUAUCUGGUCCUGCAUCAGACCAGGCGGGAGAGUCGAGAUCAUGCCACCCUCAAUGACAUCUUCAUGAACAAUGUCAUCGUCCGCCUCUCACAGAUCAGCGAGGAUGUCAUCAGACUCUUCAAAAAGAGCAAGGAGAUUGGCCUGCAGAUGCACGAGGAGCUCCUGAAGGUCACCAAUGAGCUCUACACAGUCAUGAAAACCUACCACAUGUACCAUGCGGAGAGCAUCAGUGCAGAAAGCAAGCUGAAAGAGGCUGAGAAGCAGGAGGAGAAGCAGUUCAACAAGUCGGGAGACCUCAGCAUGAACCUGCUUCGUCACGAGGACCGGCCCCAGCGCCGCAGCUCUGUGAAGAAGAUCGAGAAAAUGAAGGAGAAGAGGCAGGCGAAGUAUUCCGAGAACAAGCUGAAAUGCACAAAGGCCCGGAAUGACUACUUGCUGAAUCUGGCAGCCACCAAUGCAGCCAUUAGCAAAUACUACAUCCACGAUGUCUCCGACCUAAUCGACUGCUGUGAUCUGGGCUUUCAUGCCAGCCUGGCCCGUACCUUCCGGACCUACCUCUCAGCCGAGUACAACCUGGAGACCUCUCGCCACGAGGGGUUGGAUGUCAUCGAGAAUGCGGUGGACAACCUGGAUUCCCGAAGUGACAAGCACACCGUCAUGGACAUGUGCAAUCAGGUCUUCUGUCCUCCACUCAAGUUUGAGUUCCAGCCUCACAUGGGGGAUGAGGUGUGCCAGGUCAGCGCUCAGCAGCCUGUCCAGACGGAAUUGCUCAUGCGGUACCACCAGCUGCAGUCCAGACUGGCCACUCUCAAGAUAGAGAAUGAGGAGGUUAGGAAAACCCUGGACGCCACCAUGCAGACCUUACAGGACAUGCUAACCGUGGAGGACUUUGAUGUCUCUGACGCCUUCCAGCAUAGUCGAUCUACAGAGUCUGUGAAGUCAGCUGCCUCCGAGACCUACAUGAGCAAGAUCAACAUCGCCAAAAGGAGAGCCAACCAGCAGGAAACAGAAAUGUUUUAUUUUACAAAAUUUAAAGAAUAUGUGAACGGCAGUAACCUCAUCACUAAGCUACAGGCCAAGCAUGACUUACUCAAGCAGACCCUGGGUGAAGGAGAGAGAGCAGAAUGUGGCACAACCAGCAGAAGAGAUGGAAGGCUUAGGCUGCCCCACUUUCCUUGGCUGAGCUGCCCCCCUGCUCCCCACUUUGUGCCCCACCCAGCACUUCAAGGAAGAAGAAAUGCUCGAACCAGGAACCAGGACUCAGGACAAGCUAUCCCGCUUGUAGUCGAGAGCUGCAUUCGGUACAUCAAUUUAUACGGACUCCAACAACAAGGGAUCUUCCGAGUUCCAGGAUCUCAGGUUGAAGUCAAUGACAUAAAAAAUUCCUUUGAGAGAGGCGAAGACCCCCUUGUGGAUGACCAAAAUGAACGAGAUAUCAAUUCAGUCGCUGGUGUUUUAAAACUGUAUUUCCGAGGACUGGAAAACCCACUCUUUCCUAAGGAAAGGUUUCAAGAUUUGAUAUCUACUAUUAAACUGGAGAACCCAGCUGAGAGGGUGCACCAGAUCCAGCAAAUCCUCAUCACCCUUCCCCGAGUGGUUAUCGUGGUCAUGAGAUACCUCUUUGCUUUCCUCAACCACCUCUCGCAGUAUAGUGACGAGAACAUGAUGGAUCCCUACAACCUGGCCAUCUGCUUCGGGCCCACCCUCAUGCACAUCCCUGAUGGGCAGGACCCUGUGUCCUGCCAGGCACACGUCAACGAAGUCAUCAAAACCAUCAUCAUCCAUCAUGAAGCCAUCUUCCCCAGCCCCCGGGAGCUAGAGGGACCUGUGUAUGAAAAAUGCAUGGCUGGAGGGGAAGAAUAUUGUGACAGUCCACACAGCGAGCCAGGGACUAUCGAUGAAGUCGACCACGACAAUGGCACAGAGCCUCACACCAGUGAUGAAGAAGUGGAGCAGAUCGAGGCCAUCGCCAAGUUUGACUACGUGGGGCGGUCCCCGCGUGAACUAUCCUUCAAGAAGGGGGCCUCGCUGCUACUGUACCACCGCGCCUCGGAGGACUGGUGGGAGGGUCGUCACAAUGGCGUGGAUGGACUCAUCCCACACCAGUACAUAGUCGUGCAGGACAUGGAUGAUGCCUUCUCCGACAGCCUGAGCCAGAAGGCUGACAGCGAGGCCAGCAGCGGGCCGCUGCUGGAUGACAAGGCCUCCUCCAAAAACGACCUCCAGUCGCCCACAGAGCACAUCUCGGAUUACGGCUUUGGGGGGGUGAUGGGCCGAGUGCGGUUACGAUCUGACGGAGCGGCCAUCCCCAGGCGCCGAAGCGGGGGCGACACCCACAGCCCACCCCGGGGCCUGGGCCCCAGCAUAGACACGCCACCCCGGGCCGCCGCCUGCCCCAGCAGCCCCCACAAAAUCCCCCUAACCCGGGGGAGGAUCGAGAGCCCUGAGAAGCGGAGGAUGGCGACAUUUGGGAGUGCCGGCAGCAUCAACUACCCUGACAAGAAGGCUCUCUCGGAAGGGCACUCGAUGAGGUCAACAUGCGGCUCCACCAGGCACAGCAGCCUGGGGGACCACAAGUCCCUGGAGGCUGAGGCCCUGGCAGAAGACAUCGAGAAGACCAUGAGCACAGCUCUGCACGAGUUGCGGGAGCUCGAGAGACAGAACACAGUCAAGCAGGCGCCAGAUGUGGUGCUGGACACCCUGGAGCCCCUGAAGAACCCGCCAGGCCCCAUCAGCUCAGAGCCCGCCAGCCCCCUGCACACCAUCGUCAUCCGCGACCCAGACGCCGCCAUGCGCCGCAGCAGCAGCUCAUCCACCGAGAUGAUGACCACCUUCAAGCCGGCCCUGUCUGCCCGUCUGGCCGGCGCGCAGCUGCGCCCGCCUCCCAUGCGGCCCGUGCGGCCGGUGGUGCAGCAUCGCUCCAGCAGCAGCAGCAGCUCGGGUGUGGGCAGCCCGGCUGUCACGCCCACCGAGAAGAUGUUCCCCAACAGCUCAGCGGACAAGUCGGGCACCAUGUGACCUACAGGACGGGGCGGCACCACCCUGGCCCGCGGUGCGUGGCCCGCCACGGCUGAGGCUGGCCUCUCAGACUUCCGCGGCCUUCCCGGGGCUCCUGGCCUUGUCCGGCAGGGACCAGAAGGUCGCCUGGAAGCACGUCUGUGCAGAGCUGAGGCCCAGAUGCUGGCCACAGCUCACGUUCAGCCAUGUGAAUCCCACAGACCUCCCGUGUGUAAGCAGGCUCCCCAGUGGGCUGCAGGAGCAGGAGGCCCCCCUAGAGCAUCUCCUGAGCUUGGGGCAAAAUGGCCGAUGGCUUCCCGGCAUAUGGUCACUGGAAAAUUAUUCUCUCGACGUUCUCUCUGCAUACAUAAAUAUGUGUGUAUAUAUAUGUGUGCAUAUAUACACACAUAUAUGUAUGUAUGUGUCUGUAGGUGUGUGUAUAUAUAUAUAUUUAUGCAUCUAUAUACAUAUACUAGAUCUGGACACACGACUAAAUGUAUAUAGGAUCUCCUUUUUUCUUUUUAUGAAACUUAGAUUUACCUCAGACCCAUGCCACCAAACACCUCCCGCUGAGUUACUUGGUGGGACUUGCAGGGACCUUUCUGGGAGAAUUUAGAGGCCUCAGUGACUGCGAAUGAAGCAAUACACCACUAACUUGCAGAAAAACACACAAAAAUAGUCUCCCACUGUCUCCAGAAGUUGUGGCCUUCCAGAACAGUCUGCCCCUAACGGAAGGGUGGGGCAGGCAGUACCCCAAGCAGGCUGCUCCUAGAGGUGGGGAACCCUUCACAGAACCCCCCCGUCUACCCCAGAGACCCUGCCUUUCCACCCGGAGGCCGAGGGCCAACUGUACCCCCGAAGUCCCGGGAGGGUGUUGGUGAGAUAGCCCCGACCACAAACAUCCUUGUGUUUGUACGUAGAUAAAGGGGAUAGUGAGAACCUAAGCCCCGUCGUAGCACAGUGUUCUGUGUGGUUGGGAAAAAGAAAAAACAAAAACAGUGGUGUGAAACACUUCGAAACCUAGACACGCUGUAGGAAUAAACCUGUGGUAACUAUAGAGGUUUAACUUAUACCAUUUUCAAAAUAUUUAAUUUUUCUUUUCUUCUUUCUACUAAUUAUACUGUGUCAGAUCUGGAACUAAACAGGCAAGGAGGCUUUCAGUCAUAUCAUUUUAAUUUAAAAUCAGUAUGUGACCCACUUUGACUGUUGCCCUCCUGCGUGAGGUGCAGGAGCCUGUCAGCAGGGGCCAGAGAGGGGCCGUCCUUUCUGACCCAGAAAACACUCUGGUUGAGCUUAUGCAGGUGAAAUGGCUUCCCUCUCUCCCCUUCCCUUCCCAACCGCUGCUCCCCACCCCCUCCCGCCACCUCCAGAGCAUUUAAUGUAAUUACAAAAUAUGGUGAUAGAACCGAGGUGAGUGACUUCUCGGAAUGAGGAGGAGACUUCUGCUUCUCACCUGGGAAAAGGCCUUCUGGAUCACUCUUGCUCCAUUUUACUUCCUCUUUUGAUCUCUUUGUUUUCCAGAGAUAGGCUGUUUCUGGCUAACAGAACACAGACAGAUCAGAUCCUAUGGGGACCACUUUUAUUCAUCCCCUCAUGCCAAGCCAAGGGUCUCCUCCUUAUUGUUCUCAAGCUUCCUUUCUUUUUCCUGAGGCCUCUGAGUGUGUCUCCGUGGCUGUGGUUUGGAAUCAGAAGUCCUGUGUUUUGAGUCUCAGUCCCCACCCCAUAGGAGCUGGGGGACUCUGGACACGUCACUCCACCUCAUUGAGCCCCAGUUUCCUGCUCCAGAAAAUGAAGGCAAUAAAGGUAAAAUGUAAAGGAGCAAAGCUCUAAGCUGGAAAGCACUGUGCCAACAUGAUUGCUCUUUUCAUUAUCAUUAGUAAGGUAAGUCUUUUAGAUCAAAACCCAUCCAGGACCUUCCUUUUGAAGUCUCCUAGUGGCAUUUGAGAACUGGGUGGUGGAAUUUUCCUAACGGUUUCAUAGGAGCCCUCCAGCACAGCCCUACAGAGAUACCACUUACUGAUGCCUGAAAUUCUGUCAUGACCAUUUCAGCCCACUGGAUUAAGUGUUGCCCUCUCCUCUGGUCCUCCAUAAAAAGGUACAUACACCCCAGGGGGAGGGACCUAUGAAGUCACUACUACCUGGGUGUGUGGGAGUGGUAAGCCGUUACAUUUUGUCAAAGGCAGUUUGCACAUUCAGUGGAAAAGUUGAGAAAGGGCACAAAAAGAGUGUCAGAGAGAGAUCAGUGACAAACUCGACCUCCCUGUUUAGCCUAAAACCAACCAUUCUGUUUGAGCUCCCGGAAAUGAAAGAGCCUCAGAACCAGCUAGGAGCCCCUCCGUCGUUGAGCAGAUGAUGACAUCCCCAUUUUAUAGCUUAGCAAAGAAAGCAAGGCCUUGGGAUGUGCUGUGACGUGCCCAAGAUUUAAUGGAUGACUGGCAGUGAGGGCCGUGUCAGGGACUUCUUUGCAAGGACGCUAUGCUGUCCAGCCAGGACACAGGCCUCUCAUUUCUACCCCAGAGAUACUCCCACACCUUAAUGCAGAAGCCUCCUGUGCAAAAUGUCACAUUCUCUGCCAUGACCACAAGAUGAAAAGAGAAAAUCUGAGUUGACGAAUCUGUUGCUUGAUAUACAGAACACCGGUCAGACCAUGUGGCUUUUCCUAUGAAUUGACUGCAUCUUUUCCUUCCUGAAAAUGGAUCUGCCCUUAACCAAAUGACCUAAAGGCAGAGCCUUAGCUGUUUUCUUUGAGCACCUAUUUUUCCACUGGGAAACAGCUGAUGAGUUCACAUUUAGGGAAGCUCACACCCCACUCAUCCAGCCCCAGAUCCGAUUCCUGACACAGAAUCAAAUGGAAAAAUCCUUUCCUGCACCACGCCCGCCCCCCACUUCCUCAUUCGGCACUAUGCAUGUCUCUGCCACCCUCCACGCGCCACCCCGUCCCAUCCACGGUCAUGGAGCACUGGCAUUCUCUUCUUGACUCCUGCCUGUGUUAGUCCACUCUAUAUUGCUGUAUUUGCUUAAAUGCUGGAAAGUAACUGUUGAAAUGUGAAACUGUAAUUUUUUAAAAGGCUACGAUUAAAUUAUAGCCAAUGCCACUCACCAAA